AUGGAUCUCAAGCCCGUUCUGACAGCGCCUGAACCCUAUCCCCAGGACGAAGAAAAACGACAAGCAACAACCCCCUUCGCCCACCAAGCUGCAGACAACGACAUGAAUCUACAAGCUGAAGAACAGCAACUAUCAAAAGAAGAGCAACUGCACCUUGAGAAGAAGCUGCGCCUAAAGGUAGAUUUGCGAUUAUGCACAAUCGCCGGAUUAUUAUGUAGUCUGAACCUGCUCGACUCCGGAAUUAUAUCGUCCGCUUCAGUGACGAGCAUGAUUUCCGAUUUGGGUCUGGAAGGAAACCGGUAUUCAGUCUCGAUUUUUAUCUUUACUGUUUCCAGCGUGGUGUUUCAAUUACCGUCCACUAUCGCUGUGCGGUUUGUCGGCCCGCGGAUAUGGUUUGCACUCAUCACGUUCUGUUUUGGUCUUAUCACGCUGUGUACGGCAUUUGUGCAGACGUGGCGGCAGAUGAUUGCUCUACGAGUUUUGCUGGGUAUAUCCAUGUCCGGAAUCUAUCCCGGUUUGACGUAUUUGAUAAGUACAUGGUAUACGCGCAAAGAGCAGCAAUUGCGAUUCGCAUUCCUGCAAUCUGGCGAAGUUCUGGUUCUCGCAACAGGAAACAUAGUGAAUUACGGACUGAACCAUCUCGAUGGCCAUAGGGAACUGGCGGGAUGGCGGUGGAUGUACAUUGUCCAAGGACUGAUUACAUGUCUGAUUGGCGUUGUGACUUAUUGGUGGAUGGUCGAUUUCCCUGAAAAGGCUGCCAACUCAGUCUGGUUUCUUUCAGAGCCAGAGAUUGAGCUUGCCAAUGAACGGAUUCGAGCUGACCGAGGAGAUGUUGUUCCUGAUCCGUUUUCGUGGAAGAAAGUUGCUGUCAAUUUCCUGGAUCCGAAGUUGUAUGGGUUUUCGGUUCUGUUUUUCCUGCUGAAUCUUGUGUCGACGUCCAUGUCGUAUUUCCUGCCCAUAAUUUUGGAGUCUGGGAUGGGCUUUUCGGAAAACGCGAGUAUCUUGCUUUCUGCUCCGCCAUACUACUGGGCCGUAAUCCCAGUCCUGAUAACCUCCCUAAUCGGCGACAAAUUCCGCCUACGCGGCCCAGCAAUCAUCUUCAACGCCCUUGUCCUAAUAGCAGGCUUCCUCAUGUUCGGCCUCUCAAUCUCCCACCAAGUCACCGUGCGCUACAUCGGCACUUAUCUUACUACAGGUGCCUAUGUGUCCAACUGGGCGGCCCUAAACGCCUAUCAAGCCAACAACAUCGUCGGCCAGUGGAAACGAGCCACCAUCGCAGCUGCCGUAACGGCAUGUAAUGGUCUCGGUGGAAUAGCGGGAAGUUUUAUUGUCCGACAACAGGAGGCGCCCUGGUACCCUACGGCGGUAUGGGUGUCGAUAGGCUCGCAUAUCUUGAUGAUCGUGAUUGUGUGUGGGUUUACGGUUUAUUUCAAGAUGGAGAAUGAUCGGCAGAGAGGGAGGGGGAAGGUUAUUGAGGGGACGCCUGGGUUUAGGUAUACGUAUUAG